GAUCAUUUUUUUCUUUUCAAAAUUUGAAUUUCAGAAACUCCACUCCACUCCACUCCACUCCACUCGGCGCCUCUUUCUCUCUCCUCAUCAUCUGUUUCAAUCUAGGUUUUGGAAAGUUGAGCUAUUGCUAAGUUCUUUGAUUCAGUGACAAUCUCAGUCACCGUCGCAAUCACGAUCACGAUCACGUAUCCUACCUUUUGUUUCCAACAAUGGCGGCAGAUGGUUGUGAGGUGAUGGAUCCAGAGUCGCAAUUUCUGCUCGAAAUGCAUUUGAAAUCAAAAAGACCUCAUGAAGACAUUGAUGAAGAAGAUGAAUUUGAAUGGGAUAAUUACAAGGAAAAUGUUCGGCCACUGAAGAGAGGUCGUAACAUCAAGCUCUUGAAUCAAUCGCUAAAAUCUCAAUCCAAUCUUCCCCUCAAGCACUCUCUCCUCCUUACUCGAAGGAAGUUAAUUGCGGCCAUUGACGAUUACGUUGGCGAUGAUCCUCUUCAACCCUGGCUUCAGUGCAUUAAGUGGGUUCAAGAAUCUUUUCCAGCUGCCGGAGAUUCCUCCGGUCUACUUGUUAUUUACGAGCAGUGCGUUCGUACAUUUUGGCAUGAUGAUCGCUACCGAGACGAUCUCCGUUACCUUAAAGUCUGGCUUGAAUACGCUGAAAAUUGUGCGGAUGCUGAAGUAAUAUAUAAAUUUCUGGAUGCCAACAAUAUUGGCCAAUCUCAUUCUGCAUACUAUAUAUCUUGUGCUUUGCAUAUGGAAUCCAAACACAAGAUCAGAACUGCUAAUGAAGUUUUCAACCGAGGCCUGUCAAUAAAUGCUCAACCUCAAGAAAAGUUGGAAGCAGCUUACAGGAAAUUUCUUGCUCGCUCGGUGGGGAGAUCUAAAACCACCACUGAUGAUGAUGUAACAGAGAAUAAUCUAUCAAUUCGAAGCUUUGGCACUGUGCUUUCUGCAGGAGAAAAUGGAAGACACCAUAAGGAAGUUUCAGAUAUUGCCAGGAAAAGUACCAAGGGAAAUAGGGGCGAGCGACUUCCUUUUUCUGUCUAUAAGGAUACAAAUGUUGAGAAUAACUCUAGAUAUCAGGUAGAUCUAUCAAAAGUAGGAUCAAAACCGUGGGAUAGUCUUGCCUCUCACAAAGAUAGAAACAAAGAGAACAAAGCAAUCCCUGCAAAGUGGACAUCAUUUAAGGUUCUGGAGAGGCCCGGCAGUAGACUUGGAAGAGUUGUCACUCCUGCGAUUGAGGUGUUUGUAGAUGAGGAAUGUUCUGUAGUGCAUCAAACUGGUGAUUCUCAAAACAUCUCUAAGGCACUACUUAAGGAGAGGGAUGAAGAUAACUUUAAAAGGGAAACUGAAUUACUCAAGGAAAAUCCGCUGCGCAACUUCCCCGCUAGCAGUUUUCCUCGAUGACAUGUAGAAUUCGAAGAACGGAUCAGCUUUUUCUGAAAAACACUUCCAAUUUAUAGGGGGCAAUCGUGCAUCUCUUUCUGUAUUCCACAGCAAGACAUUUUCUAUUUGUUUUUUCGAUGUUCUUAGAUAUAUUGGUGUAAUGUGCAUUCAGUUUGUCCCAAGGCUUGUAUUCAUCCCCUUUGUACCAAGAAUAUCUUGUAUCUCUAUCUGUAUUCCACAGCAAGACAUUCUCUAUUUGUUUUUUCAAGGUUCUUAGAUAUAGUGGUGCAAUGUGCACCCAGUUUGUACCAAGGCUUGUAUUCAUUUCCUUUGUACCCAGAAAAUCAUAUCCGCUUCAAAUUGCCUCUUUUAA